AUGGCCAGUGACAUGUAGGAUCACAAGUUGUCUUUUGCUCCGGUAACUAGGCGAAAGAAAAUAAAUAAAGGAGAGAAUUGAUCUCUACUAUAAGGUUUUCUAUAUACCAAUAAGUCAUUUUAUAUAGGGGAUCAAUUGGAGAGAGAGGCCAUGGCAUCCUGUGAUGAUAAUUCAAACAGCAACAGCACCACCAGGUUUCGUUACUUCCUCCGUCUACCUGUCGAGAUUCAACAAUCCAUCUGCAACACCCUCUGCAGUCACUGCAAUUACGCCGAGGAUUGCAUUCCGGAGCUAAUCGAGCACCAAAGUCAAUGCUGGGAAGUAGAGCAUACUACGCUAAUUAAUCUUUUGAGGUCUUGCACCGCCCUCCGCGCUGUCGCUCAGCCAGUGCUGUACCACUGUGUCCCUGUGAACCAUCUUUGACCGAUGAGAUCUCGCGGCCAGUGUGCGGAUCUAUGACGGUAUAGAUCGAUGGGUAUACCAAAUCGAUAAUAGCUCGACUUUGUCUAUUUCCUACGUCCACGAUGAGGAGCAGCGCAGGGAGGACGCUAGGAUAUGUGCCAGAGUGGCCCAAGGUCUCGACUUAGCCGAGGCUGAUGAUCCCAACUUUGACAGCUUUUUGGGCAAACGAUGGACGUUUGAUGAGGAAACGUUUGAAGAGAGCUUAAAGUAUGCGUCGCGUUUGGACUACAUGGUAACAUCCAGCGUCUUGGCUCUAUGCCCAAACUUGGAAUCCAUGGACGUUAAGAUCUCCGCUUCGGCGCCAGAAGCCGCUGAAAACCCUACCUUCUAUCGUUACAUGCAGACUCGAAUCGCAAAGACAGGUAAUAUUAGCGUACAAGGUAGCACGUUUCCUUUGCUCCAGAAACUAGUCGUCGAUACACCUUGUCGCCACACCAGCGAAAGCUUUGGACUAGAGCGACUAGGCUUCUUACUAGACGCAGCGCCUAAUAUGCAAUCUCUUUUCCUUGUUCAUACAACUGGUCGAAUUGGAGGCGCCCCAAUUUCUUCAAAGCUGUCUUGGCCGGGUAUUGCUAAGCUACAGCAGCUGCAUCUACAAGGCUAUCGCCGUAGCACAGCGUUGCCGGUAGCGUAUGAUUCUAUACGAGGCCUCAUGGAACAGGCGCCGUACAUGGAUACAUUUACAUUUUUUGCAGUAUCACACGAGGUGGCUUGGUCAAGACGCAAUCCGUUUUCCCCAGCUAGACUUCUACAAGCUCUUCUUCCUGCUCGGCAGUCUAUUGCGAACCUGGCCAUCUUCACGAGCUUCAUCUUCGUUGAAGACACGGUGAAGGUUGCAAUAGGACCCAUCUUACAACAGUUUACAAAUCUUACAUCUCUGAAUCUUGAUGAGCAGUGUUUCUGCCACCAUUGGAUAGAUACUACGAAAGGCGGCUACCAUGAUUACCAGGAAACAUGCCUAGUUGACGUGCUGCCCGUCUCAAUAGAGCAUCCCAUAGCCAGGCUCCACGACAGGUCUCGCACCGUCAAGGACGUAAUCUGUUUAGGACACACUGCUGGCAGCUUUCCGCGAUUACAGAGUGUCACGGUUGAAUUUGGUGAUGAGAUCCUCGAUAGACAAGAAGGUCGCUUUGGGGAGGAAAGGAUCGAUUAACAAUGUUUCCCAAAUUGCAUCUACUGCAACCUCAAUUACAUUGAGCGCGGGGAAGUGGUCAAAGAGCUGCUAACCGAGACACGGCCCUCCAUUUUGGGAGCGUUUCGAGACACACAAAUAUCCUUGGAAGUGGGAAUGGCCAGACGAAAUGGAAUGAUCUGGCGCUUUAUUUCAUGGUUGAGGUACUGUACAAUACAGUAACUUACAUUACAUCUUAGCUACUUGGUUUUGGGUGGUCAAGUUGCAGCGCAGAGCUGCAGGGGCUUUAGUGUGGGUGCGUACUUGUCGUUUGGUCAGAGGCGGGCCAUAGCUUUAGCUUAGCCCCAGGCAUCAUGCUUGGUUUUGUUUCAGUAGCAGCAGCAACAGCAACGGUGUAGUCCUUGUGAUGAUGUUGAGACAACCAACCGUUCGAUGGGCGUUGUUUAGUUUGCUACAGUAGCGACGGACACCAUCAAUUGACGGUGGAAAACAAAAAACAAAGAGAUGGGAUGAAAAAAAAUCAAUUAGUAGCACAUGAAACCAGCCGAGUUGGUCACCCAAUACAAUUCAAUCUCUGCUGCCCGUUGCCGAAUUUGUUGAGAAGCAUGCAGCCUCGGAACGGCAGCUUUGGCGGCGUCCCCGGUGGCCCCCAGAGGCCGCUGGAGACUGCUGAAAAGACCGCUGGAAUAUCAGGGGCAGUGGGUGGGAUAGGCGGCUGCGAGCACAUGUCGACGGCCGGCGAUGGCUAGCUUGUGCGGCGGACAUGUGCCCCGGAAGGUGUAGAAAAACAAGCAGCGCCAGGAAAGCAGGUAGGUCAAAACGAAAAUAAAGAUUGUGAAGAAAUACAGUUGAUUCAUCAUAAUUGCGUUUUCUGCUGCCACAAUACAGAGAGGAAAGACUGCAAGUUUUACAGUCUGCCUAGCUAGUAGAAAAUAGAGCGCGGAGCCACCAAACGCACGCUGCCUGGCUUCUGCAGCCUCGCGCGCCUUCACCAUGUCUCCGAAAACAUAGUGGCUGUCAUCCCCAGACAUCUGCAACCUAGACUUGAUUCAACAUGCUCGACCGAAAUGACGGCUUCUUUGCUCCCAGUGGCGGAAUCUACCCCGGAGGCCCAAGCAUAUGGUAUGUAGUUGAUUGGGAUCAACGACGGCUAGUUUCUGAGGAUCUGGCUUUUGAGUAUCUCCUCCGAUAUAUCGAUGAUCUUCCUCCCGAUGCCUACCUGUUAUAUGUUCACCACAGGGCGACUUCAUCUCCACAUCCAACAACCCUGAAGACGAUGAGACUCUUUGUGUCUUUCGACCUCCCGUCGACAUGAGCCAAGUACCUGAUGGAAUCACAACAAUCUCUCGCGCGGAACUUGAAGAAGUUGCACGACUUAGUCCCAAUGUUGAUCUAGUCGUUUGUCCUAAUUCUCCGCGACCAUAUGACAAGUUUGUUUUCAAGUACUCCUUUCUAUUCCAGCAACCCGGAUUUGCUUGGCACGAAAUGUCUCUCUAGUGUCGCCUCAAGCAUCCCAAUAUCGUCCCAUUUGAUAAGAUAGUGGUAGACGAGGUUGAGGGAUGUUUCGUAGGUUCUACUUCGAAAUUCAUACCUGGUGGCACCCUCGCGGAGAACAAGUCUCGGGUCUUCAAGUUGAAGUGGCUUCAUCAACUUAUCGACGUUAUUGACGACUUGAAUUUACGACUCGGCGUUGCUCAUCAAGAUGUGGCACCAAGAAAUAUACUCAGUGAUGCGUCUGCUGACACGUUAAUGAUAUUUGAUUUUAAUUUCUUGGCGCGCAUAGGACAAGUUGGAUACUCAGAGCCUCGGAAUGACGUGAAGGGGGUAUUGUUUACUAUGUUUGAGGUUAUUGCUGGCGACACUGCAAGACGGAGCAAACGACACGAAGAUCAAGACGUCUCAGCCAUUGAACAAAUGGAGUGGAUCAAACACCCCGACGUUCAUCUUGAUUGUACCGUCUCUGAUAUUCGCAGAGUUCCCGAUCAGUGGUGUAAGCAGCGACGGCUGGGCCUCAAAUAACGACCAACAUACAGGCACCCAACUUCCUUGAUUGGCCACCAACUCCCGAUCCUCCACUUACAGAAGUCGAAAUACAUUAUGGGACUGGGCCGGUAAAAGAAAUGGAAAAACUUUACGAUUGGAGGAGAACUGAUCUAUUGAAAGAAAGUCGUUUCGUUCUAAACUGGCAGAGACCGGCUCAAAACUGGCCAGACGUAGAAACCGGGUCAAAAAACAAAACUGAUAAACCCCUCUAAAAUUCUAGAUCUAAAAAUGAAACUAUUUCAAAAAGCAUUCUUCUACAACUCUAAACAUGAAAAACGUUACUUAGCGUUGUAAG